GCACAUUUUGGCGGGAAACACGUGGCAGUCAUAUAGGGUAUCAUCUACUCCAAUUUCCCGCCACUGAAAACCCUAACCUAUUUCUUAUUAAUAUUUACAUAUCAGACCCAUUUCAGACAAUCUCUGUCUAAAUCCAAAAAUGAGCUCUUCUUCCUCCAUUCCUUUCAGAUCCAAGAAACCCUUGAACCAAAUCCCUCCUAAGCCCCAAAACCAAAAUCUAGAUCUCAAAACUCCCGAGAAGCCGCCGGUUCUUCCUCGCCGGAAUGUUGCUUUGUCUCUGAAGCAAGUGAGGAAAGCAGCUGAAAGAAUCAGUGUACCAUCGAAUCAGAAGAGUUCUUCUGAUGGGAAGGCUCAGAUCUCUUCUGCUCGACGGAAAAUCGUUGACUUUCCCGAGAGGCAGAAGACGAAGGACGAUUCUGAUGUGGCUGAGUUGCCGGAAAGGUUUGAGAUUCUUGGAGAGUUUUUCAAUAAUUUGAAUAAUUCGAUUCGGUUGCUCAAGUUGAAAGGUUCGGCGACGAAUUUUACUAAUAUUCGCCCCAAAAUCGAGUCUUUAACUGAUGCUAGGAGGUUUACUUAUACUCACUUGGCUCAGUUGAAAUAUCUUUUACCUGAGGUGAUUGAGAUUAAGAAGACACUAAUAUUCAAUGAGAAAACGAGUUGUAUGAAGCCAGAUCUUCAUAUUUCUUUGAAUCUGGAUGCAUUAGAGAGUGACAAGAAGUUGAAAUCUGAAGAUCGUAAUUCAUACCUGAGAAGGGUCUUUCAGUCUCGGCUUGUGGAUUUUUCAAGAUCUCAUCCUGAGGAUCUUGAAGUUCCGAAAGGAGAGCUGCCAGAGCCAUUCAAUAAUCUAGAGCGAGGUGUUAAUUCAGCCUUUAUCAAAGUUCCGCCGUCAUCUCCUUGUGAGGCAGUAGAUGUUCAAUUAGUUGGUGAAGAAUCUGAUAAAGUUCAUGAGGAACUGAAGUCAAUUCAGUCUACUCAUUUAAAGGUGAACAAAGUGUCUGGUUCAGCAUUGCUUUCAAAGACAUUAUCUGAGAAACCUAAGACCCAACUGCAAGCUGCAGCAAGUCAUCUGUCUUGCUCUUUCCAAAGUCGCUUUUCUCGAAGACAGAGAAGCAUUGCUGUUGAUGACUUGCCUCCAAAAUCAUCCGAGCCUUCAGCUCAAUCUUCGGGUGAUUUAGUUGCUGACUCAUGCCCUAAGACAGCUUCCUCCAUUGAGGAAGUGAAUAUUGGCAUCGAUUUUUGCCCAUUGAAUGCAACUCCGAGCAAAGUACUAUCUGUCCUCGAAGAUGGCACUCCGAUGAAAAAUGCUAGUAUUGAGUCAACUCCAGUAAAACCUAUCUUCAAUAAAGAAGAAGUUACUCCACUAAAAAAUGCUAGUAUUGAAUCAACUCCAGUAAAGUCUGAUUCUACACCAGCCAGGCUAAUGACUGCCACACCUGCAUUGCGUCCAUCAAAGAGAAGUUACAUGAGCCCGGAAGAUAAUUCUAUCAGUGACAAGUUGGUUAGGCGCCAACCUUGUUCUAAAUCAUUAAAUUUCGAGAGUCCUGUUAAGAAUAACAGAGCUAAGGAUGAAGACAUUGAUAUGAAGGGUGUCUCAAUCGAUAAAAAUCUUCUCGAUAUUCUUCCUGAGAAUCUUUUGCAUUCGAUUAGAGAAAAAGAGAUCAAAGCUAUGGAGGAACGGGAUCCAGCUAUAACUCAAGCAAAGAGAAGGCGAAAAAUGAUUGCAAGCCUACCUAAGCUCUUCAACAUGAUUCAUUUCUUAUUUCAGUCAAUAAAUCGAUCAGUUAUCACAAAGGAAGAGCUUAUGCACAAGAUAGUCUCAAGCCAUUUCGAUAUUGUUGACAAGAGAGAAGUUGAUGAGCAACUUAGCUUACUGGUGGAACUGGUCCCGGAUUGGAUUUCUGAGAAGAUGGGGUCUGGUGGAGAUUUGCUUCUCCGCAUUAACAAAACAACGAGUCCCGAGUCAAUUCGCUCACGCCUUGAAGAAGCAAAGUGAAGCCAUUGUCAUUGUCGGUUUUAAUCGUCGAAGAAAGAAAAGUAUAGGGUUAGAGAGAGUUACCCCUUGUGGGAACUACUAGUAAGUAUUUUGUUGAUGAACUAUUUAUGCAUGGGAAACAAAACACAUGUGUAUGUAUAUGAAUAUGAUGGUGACUAUAACGUAGCUUGAAGUUGAAUCAAAUAUAUUAAAGAAAGUCAGAAGAAGUUCCUGUUUGAGCAGAGGAUUGAAAUUGUAGUUAAAUCUAACUUGGAAAUUGGAAUGGUAGAUCUUUCUUUUUUGUUGUUGUUAUCUCUUAAA